GCGUCGACGCUUACAGAAAAUCCCACCGGCACUUAAUAAUAUAGAUAGACUUUCUGCUAGUUUACCUCAAUUAAGGUUUAGGUUAGCGGAUAGUUCGGAUAGUGGGCAUUUCGGGACUAUAUAAUUUACAACUCCCCGGAUAUGCCAUUCCUCCUCAUUACGUUAUAUUGACGACCUUUCGAAAACGCCGUGCUCGCCUUUCCCACCUCAACAAUGUCCCAACCAACCAACACAGCCCUCUACAUGGACGAUGACUGCCGUCUAUCCGUAAAACGAGAAUUCCCUAUCCUUACCCCAGAAAAUGACGAGGUCUUGGUCAAAGUCCUCUUCUCGGGCGUCAACCCAGCCGACGUCAAGCACGGCCAGCAGCUCGGCAUCCGCCCCGUCGUUCUAGGCUACGACUUUAGCGGGCACAUCGUCUCCGCCCCUCCGGGCUCCACCUUCAAGGCCGGAGACGCCGUAGCCGGCACGACUCCCACCGGACUCGGCCGCCCCGCCCGCUUCGGCACCCACCAGGACUACGUAGCCUGCCCCGCGGACCGGGUCUUUCACGUCCCGCAGAACCUACCCAUGCCCGACGCAGCCUGCCUCGCCGUCGUGGCCAGCACCGCCGCCGACGUCAUCUUCAACCUGUUCGGCCUGCCGGCCCUCCCCGCCGCCGCACCCCCACCCGACGGCACGCUGCUGGUCUGGGGAGGCUCGACCGCGGUCGGCAGCAGCGUGGUGCAGUACGCGCGGGCGAGCGGCGUGCGGACCAUCAUCGCCACGGCGUCCGCGUCGCGGCACGAGAUGCUGCGCGGCCUGGGCGCCACGCACUGCUUCGAUUACCGCGACGGCGACGUCGAGGCGCAGAUCGCGACGCUGGUGCGGGAGCGAGGGCUGGACCCGAUCCGGUACGCGCUGGACGCGGCGGGGAGUCCGGGCGAGAGCGGCGGCGGGCCGUCCUCGGCCGAGAGGAUGAGCCGGUGCGCGGCCCCCGACGCCGUGCGGGUCUCGGUGGUGUUUGGGGACCCGCGCGUCGCCAUGGCGUUUGCGGACCGCAGCCGCGACGUCUCGCUCAGGGUGGAGGGGGCGCCGCACCCAAUCACCAUCCCUCGCGACGAGGCCAAGGCGGCAAGGGUGAAAGAGGCUCUGGGCUGGGCGGUGCGGAACUACGGGGAUGGGUUUGUCCUCCCUUGUGUGGACGCGUGGAGUGGGAAGAGCGAGAAUGCGCUCCAACAGAUACGGCUGGUUGCUGAUUGGGGCAAGUUUGGGAAAGUGGCCAUUCAGCAUCCUCUGCUGUAGAAUUGUUGCUGUGAUUGCUCUGUUGGUCCCACUUUUCGUACGUCACAAUCGAACGAGUUCUAUCACUAAAUUCUAAUUAGGUAGGUACUUACCUACCUGGAUAGGUAGCCAAACUUGGUCCAGGCAGUCAUUGAUGGUCUCCCGCCCUCCUUUUCUC